AUGGUGGCCUCAAAGCUGGUGCUGCUGCUGCUGGCUGCAGCUCUCCUGCUGCAUGUGGCCACCACGCUGAAGAUCAGUGCCUUCAACAUCAAGACAUUUGGGGACAGCAAGAUGUCCAACCAGACCAUCGCAGACAUCAUUGUCUCUAUCCUGUCAGGGUACGACAUCACCAUGGUGCAGGAGGUCCGGGACUCUGACCUGAGCGCCGUGAAGAAGCUCAUGGACCAGCUCAACAGCACGUCCCCACACCCAUACAGCUUUUUGGCCAGCGUGCCCCUGGGUCGGACCAGCUACAAGGAGCAGUACCUCUUCAUCUACAGGUCAGACAUGGUCUCUGUGCUGGGAAGCUACUAUUAUGACGAUGGCUGCGAGCCCUGCGGGACCGAUACCUUCAUCAGGGAGCCCUUCAUUGUGAAGUUCUCCUCACCCACAACACAGGUGAAGGAGUUUGUGAUGGUGCCCCUGCAUGCCAAGCCCAGCAGCGCGGCGGACGAGAUCGACGCACUCUACGACGUCUACACUGACGUUGUCGACAAGUGGGCAACUAACAACAUCCUCCUCCUGGGUGACUUCAAUGCCGACUGCUCCUACGUGACCAGCGCGCAGUGGCCGUCCAUCCGCCUGCGCUCCCUCGACGCCU